AUGUUCUUCAGUCCGGAUUUGAUCGUUCUCGCCUGCUGGGCUUCGACUGCAGUAGCAGGCCAGGUUACCUUCCGAAACAGCCACAAAUACUACUUCGACGUGGACGGGAACGCCAUUGAUUCGGUCAACGGCAAGGUCGAGUGGAUUCAGGGUCAAUACCUUUGGAUUGGAGAGCCUAGCUCUUGCGGCGCCGAGGCGUGCGACAAAGUCUCAUGGAGCUCCCCUAACCUGAUUGACUGGUACUUCAAUGGUCCUCUUUUCAACCUUACCGAGAAUGCCCAGUACUGUCUCGUGGGCCUUGGAAGCUGCAGUCGUCCCAAGGUCAUCUACAACGAGAAGACGCGGAAGUACGUUUUCUAUGGAUUCGCCACCAGAGGCUCUGGUCCAGCCACUGUCCCGGUCUUUACGUCUGACUCGCUCACAAGUGGCUACACCUUUGCGGGUGAGAUGAUCCCUGACUAUGCGCCAGCCGGAUGGAGUGUCGAGGACCUGGGUCUCACGGUGCUUGAUGGGAAGGCAUACCUCACCUUCACUGGGUGGAACAUCACUUCCAUGUACAGUGACGGUCAUCUAGGAAGCAUUUGGCCUCCAUUCAUCAACCCAGUCCUGGUGCAACCACUGUCUGAAGACUUCCUCCAGGCUUCUGGCCGAUCGUACCCUGUCCACCAGGCCGGCACCGGUUUCCCUAUCUUCCCCGACUCCCCGAACUUGAUCGAUGGCCAAUUCCAGUCCCCAGAUCUCUUCCGGAGGGGAGACACAUAUUACGUGAUUGGAAGCGGCACUUGCUCCUUCUGCCCUGGGACCACGACCCUCGCAUACCGAUCUGCAUCCCCCUUCGGCCCUUGGACGCGACAAAUCGUCGAUUGUGGUAACACGUGCGGUGGCCAGGCAAUGGGUGUCUUAAACGUCCCUCCGGUCGCGCCUGGAGCGGAAGGCGCCUUCGUCUACCACGCCGACAGCUUCUCCACCGCGCCGAUGGGCGGCCACAUCACGGGAUCCAAGGGUCACGCCUUCUGGCCCCUCUCCUUCGCGAGCGACGGCUCCAUCGAGCCCAUCGACUGCAGCGCCAACAAAACCUUCACUAUCGACGCCCCCCCGGCCACGGCGCCGUUCCCGAGAAUCGGCGGUCGCGCGGUCAACGCCACGGACGGCUCCGGCAACUACGGCGCCUACUACUCCGAGACGGGGCUCAUCACGAAGCGAUUCCUCUACCAGACCUGGACAUCUUCCAAGUCCGGCAUGCUGACCGAGGUCGGCGUCAACCUGGCCUUGAACGCGCCCGCCCCCAACCCCAUCACCAUCGUGGUCUUCUCCUACCCCGACGAAGCUACGCUCCUCUCCCCCGGCUUCCGGUGGACUGAGCUCGCCACGAAGCUUGUCGCUGAUACCACCGACCGGAGCUUCCUCUCCUUCCAGGUCCAACGCAUCGAGGUCAACCAGGAGGUCCAAGCCGGCCAGAGGCUCGGCAUCGCGUUAUUCUCCGCCCAGAACGGUCCUAGGGUUUGGUCGCUGCCAUAUGCGUACUUGGUACAGGACACCGCUGGCACGGGAACGAACCACAAGCUGUAUGCCAUUGAAAAGGGGCACAUCUCGAGGGAUGGCCCCAAGGGUCAGCAGAGCCCGCUCAAGGAGGUCGUGGAUCGGGAGAUCAAGUGGUACGCCACGGUGGUUUGA